AUGAGUGAUUUUGAUGGAAACUUCAUGGAAAUGACGUCGUUUUGGGCUCCACCGUCCAGUCCUAGCCCAAGAACGAUAUUAGCCAUGCUGAACCAAAGCGACAAUGUUCAAAAUCCAAUCACUGAGAUCUUCCCUCAGACCAACUUAUCAACUGAUCAUCAUGAGUCUGAACAAAGAUCUAGUCUUGGCGAGAGAUUAGCUGCAAGAAUAGGAUUUAAUCCCCCAAGGCUCGAAAUAGAGGACAUGAGUCCUUUUGGUGCAUUUUUCAGGAACUCGACUGUUCCUACUCCUCUCAUCCCAAUCUCUCCAGGAUUCAGCCCAUCAGCACUGUUGCAAUCUCCAAAUGUAUUCUCUAAUUCCUCAGAGAUUAUCCCUCCUCCUCCGUCUCUAAACACCAAUGACGGACACCCAGAGACGGUGGAAAAUUCCGGUGACGAAGGCCACGCAGCGGCGAUGAUAUUCGACAACGAUCCUCCUCAACAGCCGCUGCUCGUUGAUCUGCCUUCUCAAGAAGGCACUGAUGAUAUUAUUCCAACGGAAGAGACGUCGGUUAAUGUCCCAUCUCAUGAAUCUCAUGUUGAGCCAAUUGGUGCUCCUUUAGUCGCUUCUUUCGACUCUGUAGAAGUUGACGAAACCAAUAUUAUCAACAUGAUCUACGUUGAGAGUCCGGGCGAGAGUGAGAGCGGGGACGAUGACGAUGACGAUGAAGAUACAGAUGGAGACACAGAUGAAGACACAGAUGAAGAUGAAGAUGAAGACGAAGAAGAAGACGAAGAAGAAGAGGAGGAGGACGAACACCACGAGGUCGACAACAUUGCUGAUGAAAUAGAUGACGGACCAUCAUCUCCAAAGAGAAGGAAAGUUGAUUACUCAAGCAUGAUUGGAGCCACAAGAACAAGCAAGCAACAAAGGAUCAUACUUCAGAUGGAGAGCGAUGAAGACCAUCCUGACGAUGGUUACCGCUGGAGAAAAUACGGCCAGAAAAUUGUCAAAGGGAAUCCUAAUCCAAGGAGUUACUACAAAUGCACAUACAUUGGGUGCAAAGUGAAGAAGCAUGUGGAGAGAGGAGCAGACGACGUGAAGGUAGUGGUGACUACGUACGAUGGGGUACACGAGCACCCUGCACCAGUUUCACGCACGAGCGCUUCCGGUUCAAGAAACCGGUCUGGAGAUCAAUUCGGUCGAGCCGCUCGGUUAGGCAGGCCACCUUCUUCCUCUCAAGAAGACAACAUGGCUAGGCCUUUUUCUUACUCGUCGCCGGCCCCGCAGAGUGAUAUGACACAGCUCUACAUGACCGGACUCACUAAGCUGCCGACUCUACCGGUUAACCCGAGCUCGGGUUUCAUGUACCGGAAUGACCAACCCAUGACUGGCGAUGUGGUGGUACCCGACGGUGCAAAUGUUUACAGUGGGAUCAUGAACCACCUUUUUCUUCAGUUUGGUGUCAACUUUGCAUAA